AUGCAUGACAUACUAGAAGGUGUUCUGCAAUAUGAAUGCAAGGAAAUGCUAAAAAUACUCAUAAAUGAAGAAAAGUAUUUUACACUGGAACAAUUGAACACCCGGAUAAAGCUGUUUGACUAUGGCUAUUAUAAUGAUCUGAACAAGCCAUCACCCAUUUUGCAACGUACACUUGCAAGCGAAAACAACAGCUUAAGGCAAAAAGGUAUAGUAAUUUCAUAUUCACAACACAAUAUUUUGAGGGUUCACACAAUUUUCUUUCACAUACGCUAAAUGUAUAUAUCUCAUAAUUAUUAAUGAUAAUAAUUCAUGAAGACAUUAGCCAAACAAAGAGCUUUAUUUUGUCCACAUGUUGAUACUGGAUACCUGGAGAAGUUAUGGCCAUCGCUAUAAAAAGCGGGCAGGGUUUUGAUCCAGUCCUAGGACUGAAUUAUUUGUUCCAGUCCUAUGACUGGAUCAAGAUCAAUUCAGUCCUAGGAACAAACUGCUCGGACUUGAAAUCCGGUCCACUCCUCGUUUUCGGAUUUGGAAUAUUACGUGAAAACCAAUAAGUUCAACUUACAAUUAGAUUAUUCGCUCUCGAUUUUAAUAGGGUGAAGCACAAACAAUAAACCUCAUAUAAAUUGAUAGGGAAGAAUCUAAUUAUUCGCUUAUUAAUAAUUAGUCAGAAAACAAAUAGGUGAAAAUUGUGUUAAAGAGAUGGCUGUUUCGCUACUGCAUGACUAUAUCUAUCUAUUCACGAAUAUCAUUUUCCAUUAGUAAGACCCAAAUUUGGAAGAGUGAACGAGAUACAUGAAAUGAUUGAAACAUUUGUAUUUAAAUUCUUUUUAUUUUAGCUCAUAGGAAAAAAAACAGUUACUCAAUCAUCACUUGAAUUUAAAAAAUAAUAAGUAUUUUCAAGAGUGGCAGGCACUGUUUGAAAUAUUAUUAAAUGACUUGUAUAAUUAUAAUUUUGUCAUUCUGUUUCUAGCUGCCCAAAUGUACUGUUUGGGGAUGUUCUUACCCCCGAUAAUUGGUACGCUUAUUCCAGAAGAUGACAAGCAUUGGCAACUUUUCUGGGUGUUGUUAGACAUCAUCGACAUUAUCUUGGCCCACAAAACCACUGUUUACUCCAUUGGCGUUUUAGAAGGGCUUAUUGAAGAACAUCACUCCACAUUUGUCAACCUCUAUCCUGGCAGAUCCAUUAUUCCCAAGAUGCACUACAUGGUUCAUUAUCUUUCUCACAUGCUUCGGUACAGUAAACACUUUACUAUCCUUAAACAGAAAACAAAACAAUGAACAAUUAAUUCAAAAAUGCUUAAUAAUUACCCUGAUUAACUGCAUUGUUAUUGAUGCUGGUUCCAAAAUUUUUUUUUAAUUUGUCUUGGGUUUUUUUUCAUACUAGGUUUGGACCCAUGAGGCGCACAUGGUGCAUGCGUUUUGAAGCAAAACACAGGUACUUCAAGCGACUGGCUUCCUACAUCGGAAACUACAAGAAUGUUGCCUAUACAUUAGCAACUCGACAUCAGGGGCAACAAUGUUAUUUAAUGAAUGUCAAAGAAAAGGAUGACACAUUAACAUCAUUCAUUAAGAAACCAACUGCAGUAGGGAGGUGACUACAUAAUACACACAUUAAUAAUUAACCUGUCUUUCGAUCUAUUUGUCCUACAAGGCAGCUUUCUUUGUUCCUGCAUAUCCAUGCACAGCAAUUUAAUAAUAAACGUUUGCUAGCUGUCAAUUAAGUUAUCAACUUAAAGAGGAAGUCAAGUCCGUAAUGUAAACAAACGGUUUGUUUACAUUUUGAACUGCUGUAUUUUUUAAAAUAUGAUGUACUGUCUGAAUAUCUAACACCAUUUUGGUUUGCUAUGCUUCUAAAUGAAUAUGAAAUAAAGUUUAUGUUCAGAAAUUUGGGCAAUUUUCACAUUAGAGGUCCUCACAUUGUUAUGCGCAGAACCGAUGCGCAGAAUGGACUUGACUUCCCCUUUAAUCAUUAAUUUUGACAAUUAAAAAACUUUGAUUAUAUUUUUAAUGCAGGUAGUGGAAAAAUAGUAGUUGCUCGGGAAACAGAGUAUUUUCAACAACUGUUGGCCAAAGAGGUCAGCGUAGCAAAUAUGGAAACUCUUUUCGAGUGAGUGUAAUAAUUGUAGACAAUUAUGAUCAUGAUUGUUUGUUUCCCCUAGUCCAAUGAAACCAAUUAAGUUUGUUCUAAAUAAACUCAUGCCUUGCACAAUCUUAUUAGAGCUUAGCCUCCUGCGCAGACGUUGUUAGUGGCCCGAGGCCUCACCUAACGUCUGCUCACAUUCGCUAUGCAUUUGACUUCCCGGCAAUUGACCAAUCACAAUUAUCUACACGAUAAUUGGAAGAUCGACCUUCAAUGACCUUCACAUGGAAAACCCAACACACGGCAAGAUAAAUGGAAGGCCAUUAUCAACAAAUCUGCAAUAUUUUUAAAGUUGAAAGUUUUACUGUUCAUCAGAAAAAGGCUAUUCAUUCUAUCAUAAACGAAAGGAAGGAUGUUUUUGUUAAUCUCCCAACUGGCGCAGGAAAAUCACUCAUUUAUCAAGCGUUACCUAAGCUAUUCGAUGAAAAAUUUGGUGGUAAACAUGUAGUUAUCGUGGUUUCGCCUUUGAUUAAUUUGAUGCGAGAUCAAGUAAAGAAGCUACGCGAUUUAGGAGUCAGUGCUGUGUCGUUAAGUGAAAUCGAGAGCGACGAAGAAGAGAAGGCAUUGCAAGAAGGGAAAUUUUCUGUAGUAUAUGGCACACCAGAGGCAUUAUUGAAGACCGAACGAUGGAGAAGAAUGCUUUCCAACAAAGUGUACAGCAAAAUGGUUUGUGCUGUGGCUAUUGAUGAAGCGCAUGUGAUUAAACAAUGGUAUGUAUUGUAUGUCUUGAAUUUGUCUUUUUAUACGUUGCCUCAUAUUAUCUAUUGGCAUUGAAUGUCGUACUAACAAUAUUAUACAGUAUAUAUGAGCCAUUAUUGUCAAUAUACACAUCCCAACCCUCUGAUUUCUAUUUUUUAAAUACUACCAUUAUUAAUAAUCUUGCAGUUUGGGUAUUAUACUCAUAUACCCAACCCCUAAGAGGCCCUAAGAAAAAAUUGCAUUUUCUACUCUUAACUCCAUGAGCCCUAUCAAGUUUUUUUUUUGUGAAGGGGAGGAUAUAAAAUAUUUUAUAUAUUACCAUUCACAAAAAAACUUGACAGGGCUCGUCCUCAGUAAAUAUGAACCUUCAUUAGCCUCAAACCCUCUGUGUCAACCCUAAGAAAUUGCUAAUGGGGGGGGGGGGGGGUGUAUCGUCUAUUAAAUGUUUUAGUCCUGUUAAAACAAUACCAAAUAAAUACUGUAAAUGGUUAAUAAGUACUAAUAACAAUUGAAAAUAAAAUGAUAAAUUAUGAUGGGGUCAUUGGUAUUUUAGCAGUUGACAUUUUAUCCCUGGCCAAGUUCGUUCCUUGUAAUCAAUAUACUGGUGCUUUAUAGUAUAAACUGAGACUGCCACUGCAUGUAAUUAGCUUUUGUCCAACUGAAUACAUUCAUUAAUGACUAAUGGUUGACUUGUUUAUGUUCAAGAAUCUUAUUAAUGACAAGUAAAAUUGUCUGCCAUUAUAAAAUACAGACGAAGCUAGCAAGACUAAUAUGUGGUUUAAUAUUGAUUUAGGGGAACAUCAUCAAGCUCUAAAUAUGCAGCAUUCCGUGAAGCAUAUGGUCGCCUGCAUGAGCUUCGAGCCCUAUUGUCACCAGAUGUAAGCUUCAUUGCACUUACAGCAACUGCUACUCUUGAUACUAAGAAAUUUAUCUUGGAUACUUUGUGUAUGAAUAAUCCAGUAGAGGUACAAGAAAGUCCCAACAAGAAAAAUGUCAUGUAUUCUGUUACCUACAUCCAACAAUCGCAUAGAAUUGAUGAUACUUUUCAAUGGAUUGUUGAUGAAAUCAUUAACAUGGGAAGUUCCGCAGAACGAGUUAUCAUUUAUUGCCAAACCAUCAAGCAAUGUAGUGUUGUUUAUUCUAAACUCAGGGCUUGUCUUGGUGAACAUUUUCAUUCUGGACAAUCAGUUGAAAGUGCUGUGUUAGAAAUGCUUCAUUCAUGUACACCACAAGCUAACAAGGACAACAUUAUCAAAUCAUUUCAAGAUCCUAAUGGUACAGUCAAGGCAUUGGUUGCAACAAUUGCUUUUGGGAUGGGUAUAGACUGCAAAAGGGUUCACACAUCAGUUCAUUUUGGUCCACCAAAGAAUGUGGAAUCGUACAUACAAGAAAGUGGAAGAAUAGGAAGAGAUGGACAGCUUAGCAAGUCAUAUAUUAUCUAUCAAGGAAUUUUACUGGGUCAUGUAGAAAACAACAUCAAGGAAUAUUUAAAAACUACAGAAUGUAGAAGAAAGAGUUUGUUGAGCCAUUUUGGAAUUUCACUUGGUAAUGUCCAGUCCCCACAGCCUGCACACUUGUGUUGUGAUAAUUGUGCUUUGAAUUGCAUGUGUGGGAUGACACAAUGCAAAUCUUAUUCUAUCUAUCCUGGUAUUUUGGCAAAUCCUUCUCAACUUAAUGUUGAACUUCCUAUCUCUAAUGUAAUAAGGGAAGUCACUUCUACACAUUACCAGAAACUAAAAGAAGAACUAGUGAAAUUUCAAAAGAAGCUCUUAAUGGAUGUAAUUGGAAAGGUAUCAAUGGGCCAAAUGCAUUUACAUAUUCCUCCACAAAUGGUGAUUGGCUUUGGGCAAGUUCAAAUGAAUCAAGUGUUAGAACAUUGUGGGUCUAUUUUUUCCGUUGAUGAUGUUUACAAAUUUGUUGAAAUUUGGCAUCAUAACCAUGCACAUUCCAUCUACUUGAUGCUUUGUAACGUUUUUGAUAACAAUGAAGAUACUUGUAUAACUGGUGCAUGUAAUUUAUUAAUACCUACAUUUGAUGAUGAUGAUGACAAUGUUGAUGAAGAAGAUAUAAAUGACGAAUGGGCAUGCUUUCUUGACGAUUCUGAUCUUUUAAACAUGGCUCUGGAAAACCUAUCCAUUUCCCAUUUGAAUGACAAUGACUCUAAUGAAAACAUUGAAGAAUCUUUCUAA